CCCUAUCCGCACAAGUUACCGAUCUUUCUUACUUGUCUCCCCCUCUCUCCGUUGUUGGCUUGGAAUAUCAGCAUCAAGCAGCUGUUUGAAGCGCGUGGGCGAUCGUCGUAGCUGCGAGCUUGACACGAGAGGUGUGACCUUCCUUCGCGAACCUCGUCCGGUCGUCGCCAUGGCCGCCGUCGCUUGCACCUCUUGCGCCUCCCCCGCGACCUGCCUUGUGCAGAAGUCACUUGGGACCUCCUCCAGCCACCGCGCUGCUGCCAGGCCUGUCGCCGGUGUCCCUGUGCUUGCCAUGCCCAGGAUCGUGUGCUCAUUGGAGAAGAAGGAAUCCAACAAGGGUGACGUCAAUGGUCUCCCCCAACUCGCUGCCGCCGUGACCUCCGCAGCUACCAUGGCCUACGCCCACCCAGUGUUUGCACUCGUGGACGAGAGGUUGAGCACCGAGGGGACGGGCCUGGGUCUGGGCGUGAGCAACCCGAAGCUGACUUGGAUUUUGGUGGGCGUCACCGCGCUGGUGUGGGCAGUGUACUUCACAUACUCGUCAACCUUGCCGGAGGGUGACGAUGACUCGGGUUUGUCGUUGUAAAUUGUAGGAAUCGCUGCGUCCCCUGCCGCUGGGCGAAGCUACGGCUGGUAGCGUUUUAAUGUGUAUCAAUUAGUCGAACAUCCAACAUGAAAUUUGAGCAGAAGCUGUGUUUGUGUGCUGGUGUAUCGAUUUGUGCCGAUGAUGGGUAAACGGGACAGUGUACUUCGAGUGAGGCGGCGUGCUGACUGCGAUGUGGAUAGGGAGGUGUCUCUGGACUUGCUUGGCGAGAUCCUUGCAGGCUCCUGGGAACGUGCAGAAGCACGGAUACUGCAUGGACCUGUGAGUGCCGAAGAGAACUUGACCCGCAUGUUCGAGAUGGUCAUGUUGUUUGGUCAUUCGACAAAAAAGAAUAUAUAUAUAUAUAUAUAUAUAUUUA